AUGGAACCGCCACAUGAGCGGAUGAGCUUCGACGACUCGGAAGGCACACAAAACAGCCAUCUAGGUUCAUCUGGAAGGUCCUCGCAUGGCGAAGACGCUGAUGUGGAGAAAGUUCUCUUGUUGGACGAGGGUAGCGGACGCAUUCGCAAGGUCUCUGGGAGAAGUCCCUGGUCUUGGUCCAUGAGCAUCCCGGCUUCUGUCACGAUCCUGAAUGUCAUCUUAUUCCUGAUCUCGAUAGUGAUACUAUUUUCAUCACAUACGGGCUCUUUACCUGAUCAGGAUUACUGGAGAGCUACAUCCUACUAUUCCCCAGUGUUCGAUCGCUUCAACAUUCCGAAGCUCACGCGAGUUACAAAUGGCACAUUCUGGGACACAGAGCCCCCAUCAAUCUGGCGCGUCCGCGCUGGCACCGAGGCAGACGCAGCUUGGGAAGCAAUUGGCAGCAACAUCGCUCCUAUCAUAAUCAACUCUGCUGAAGUCCUCGCGCUCGGAAAAGAUCCCUCCACAGCCGUCAAAGCACCUCCCGAGCUCAACCUCGGUUCGGACGCGUACAUAGCAGGCAUGGACGUCUUCCAUCACCUACACUGCCUAGAUAAGCUCCGCCGAGAGAUCUCAUACAAGCACUAUCACGAGGCGGAGGAAGGGCCGAGUCCCGGUUCGGAGUUGCAUGAGGCGCAUAUCGAUCAUUGCCUUGAUAUACUUGCGCAGGCUUUGAGGUGUACGGGGAGUGUUGAUAUGGUUACUUUCAAUUGGGUUGAGGGGCAUCGGAUGCCACAGCCGGACUUCAACAAUAGGAAGGUUUGUCGAGAUUUCGACGCCUUGAGGGAGUGGACGGUGGAGAAUGGUGUUGACAGCAAUGGUUUCUUCAAGGCUGCUGAUAAACCGCCAGUCGAUGCUGUCAUUGUGCCUGAAUUUCACCCUCAACAUCAUGGCAGAUGA